AUGAAUAGAUUAAGUGAACCAUUUAAUUAUGACAAAGACUUCAGCUUUUCAAAUAACCAACCAAUAGAAUUUUGGGAUGAAGUUGCUAAGAAUUUCGUUCAUUGGGAUAGAAUGUAUGAUAAAGUUUAUAGUGGUGAUGAAAUUUAUCCAGAUUGGUUUAAAGGUGGUGAAUUAAAUACAUGUUAUAACGUUUUAGAUAUUCAUAUUAAAAAUCCUGCAAAAAGAGAUCAAGAUGCAUUAAUUUAUGAAUGUCCAUUUUUAAAGAAAACAAUUAAACUAACAUACUAUCAAUUAUAUGAAAAAGUAUGUGAAUUUUCAAGAGCACUUUUAAAUUUAAAUGUUUCAAAAAAUGAUAACGUUAUAAUUUAUAUGGCAAAUACAGUUGAAGCACCAAUUGCAAUGUUAUCAUGUGCUCGUAUUGGUGCAACUUAUUGUACAUUAUUUGAUGGUUAUUCAGUUAAAAGUUUAAUAGAUCGAAUUGAAACAAUUACACCAAAAUUGAUUAUCACAACAAAUUAUGGUAUUUCAAAUGAUGAAAUUAUUACAUUUACACCAAAUUUAAAAGAAGCAAUUGAACAAUCAAAUUUUAAACCAAAUCAUAUAAUUAUACAUAAUAGAGAUGAUGGUGAUUAUAAUGCAAAUUUAACUUUAAAAACAAUAAUUGAAACAAUACCAACGAUACCAAAUACAUUAAGUUGGUAUGAUGAAAUUAAAAAAUUCAAAGAAAAUAAUCAAUCACCAUUUUAUGAUUAUAUACCAGUAGAUUCAAGUCAUCCAUUAUAUAUUCUAUAUACAAGUGGUACAACUGGUAACGCUAAAGCAGUUGUAAGAAGUAAUGGUCCACAUUUAGUUGGUGUUAAAUAUACAUGUAGAUGUAUGUUUUUAAAUGAUGAAGUUAAUAAUAAUAAUACUAAUUCAGAUUUAAUUAAAUUCUUUUCACAUUCAAGUAUUGGUUGGGUAACAUUUCAUGGUUUUCUAUAUUCAUUAUUAUCAACAGGGAAUAUUUUUAUAAUGUUUGAAGGUGGAAUUUGUGAAUUAAAUCAAAUCAAGUAUCAACUUUGGAAAGUUAUUGAAAAACAUAAGGUAAACAAAUUUUUUAUUGGUCCUAAAUCAAUUAGACUUUUAAUUAAAGAUGACCCAAAUGCAGAGUUUAUAUUAUCAAAUUAUAAUUUAUCAAGUUUAAAUACAAUUUUAGUUGGUGCUGAUGUAGUUGAAAAAUCAGUUGCAAAUUAUAUUGAAAACAAAUUAAAAAAAUCUGCUUCAAAUAUAUAUGGUCAAACUGAAACUGGUAAUAUAUAUUUAUUUGAUUUUAAAAAAUCAAACAGAUCCAAUGUUAGCAGUAAUAGUAACAGUAGUGGUAGUGGUAGUGGUAGUGGUAGUGGUAGUGGUAGUGGUAGUGGUAGUGGUAGUGGUAGUGGUUGUGGUAGUGGUAGUGGUAGUGGUAGUGGUAGUGGUAGUGGUAGUGGUAGUAGUAGUGGUAGAGGUAAUAUAAUGGUAAUUGGUCAGCCAACUCCUUCUUUAAAAUCAUUCAUACUCUCUGAAGAAGAAGAAGAGGAAGUUUGUUAUAAUAAUAGUGAUGUUGGUGGUGGUAAUAGUGUUUGUAGUGGUAGUAGUAGUGGUAGUGAUAGUGGUACGAGUAGUGGUAAAAAAUCAUUAAAUAAAAAUGAAAUUGGAGAGUUGGUAUUUAAAUUACCUUUACCACCUGGAUUUGCAUUAACCUUUUAUAAAAAUAAUGAACAAUUUAAAAAAUUAUUCAAAACAAAUUUAUUGAAUAUGGAAAAAGGUUAUUAUUAUUUUUCAGGUGAUUUGGCAUUUAAAGACCAAGAUAAUAAUUUUACAAUCGUUUCAAGAUCAGAUGAUCAAAUAAAAAUUAAAUCAAAUAAAGUACAAUUAAAUACAAUUGAAAUUUCAGUUUUAAAACAUCCAUUGGUUUUAGAAUGUUGUUGUAUUGGUAUUAAAGAUGUAGAAUUCUUGACUGUACCAAUUGGUAUUCUAAUAUUAAAUAAUCAAAAUAAUCAAAAUAAUCAAAAUAAUCAAAAUAAUCAAAAUAAUAAUCCAAUUGAAUUAAAAGAAUUAGAAAAAGAAAUAAAUAUGAUAAUUUCAAAUGAUAUUGAUAAUCAUCAAUAUUAA